ACCUUGCUCUUUUUUAGCUCAUGCUUCUUCGAGAACUCCGAAAAAAAAAACCCUUCUAUUCAAGUCGUCUCAGAGGCCGAAGCUAUCGUCUACCAUCAGGAACCAUUCUCUAUAUUCUAUAUCAUGGUUGCAAGCACUCCUGAAUACCACAUACUCGGGAAACGAGUCCCGGUCAAUCGAUUGCGGCUCGGGACGAUUAUACCUAGCAUCCAGGUGUUGACAAGGCUCAAUCCCGGCAAAGAACCCACGAUUGACGGGAAACGGCUCGAUUACUGGCACGAUACCGUUUUCAAAGCCACUAGGGAUGAUGCGCUGAAAGGAGAAGCCGGAGUUGAACUCAAGGUUGCCGCUCUUGAAGGCGUUGGCGGCGAAGGUAAAGUCGACGGCGAACGCGGCAAUAUCGACAAGUACAGCUUCAGCGCCAUUGACACUCUCGAGUUUGAAUCCGUGCAGAAGGACUACAACGAUGCCGGCCAAGCUGAAGGAGUGCAGACCUUCUUGAAGAAGUCGAAGUAUCGCCCUGUCUUCUACAUCACAGGCAUUAAAGUUGGCAGAGUCCCAACUGACGAAGACUCUGGGCCAACAUUCGAGGCUACAAGGGUGAAGAAGCUCGGAGGAACAUUGAGCUUGGGAGUCAAUAUCCCAUCUCUUGCCUCGAUCGGGCCGAAGACAAGUGGAUCCAAGAACUUGACGAUUACUCAACAAUACAGAGAGCACAACGACCGCAUCUUCGCAAUCAGGGUUAGGAAGUUGCAGUAUAAGAAAACGGGAUUCUUUGGUCCUAGAGAGUGGGUCGACGAGCCAGCUAACGAUGGUGCUGAAAUGGUUGGCGAGGACAGAGAAGAGCAGGAGGAAGAGAAACCGGAGCUCGCUUUUGACGAAGUCGAAGAGGUUGGUCUUGAGGAAAAGGAGCUGAAGGGCUACGAGAAGAUCACAGAGACAAACAGAAGCGGUCAACAAGUUACCUACGUGGUUCCUAAGGGUUGGUGA